AUGACUCCUAAGAAAGUGAUGGUAACUGUUUGGUGGUCUAGCACCGGUGUAAUUCAUCACAAUUUCUUACCAAACGGCAUGAACAUUACUGCAGAUAUGUACUGUGAAGAACUAAACACAAUAAUGGGGAAGCUCGCACGUCUCCAACCAGCUUUGGUUAAUCGCUCGGCUUCGCUGCUGCACGACAACGCGCGAUCUCAUACUGCACAGGAGACGGUCUCCAAGUUACAAGAGCUGGGUUUGGAAGUUCUCCGUCAUCCACCUUUGAAUAAUGAAUUUACCAAGUCAAAAACUUUUAUGAAACAACUAGUUCAGUUGGUAAACCUCAACGGAGUCACGCGCGGGUCAAUCAAGAGCAGUAGUAAUCCGGUUAAAUCCGGCUAG